CAUGGUUUCAUGUCUCACUCCACGUGGAUACGAUACAAUUACUUUUAACCCGUUGAAUGGCCCAGAAAUCCUCUCUUCACGCAACUACGAUCCCUUUUGCAUUUGGCUCUUAAUGCUCUGGGCGGUGCUCUUCAGUUUCGCGGUGCUUUGGGAAUUUGGGGCAGUAGAAAGUCGGUUUAUUACAGUGAAGAAUAACUGUGCUUAUACUAUCUGGCCUGCGAUAUACUCAGACCCUAACGUUGGCGGAAAAGUUCAACUAGAUCAACCAACAGGAUGGGAGGCCCCAGCAGGCUCAGGCGUCACGUUCACUGUCCCGUCCAACUGGACGACUGGGAGAAUAUGGGGCCGUAGAGAAUGUAAUUUCGCUGGUAACAAUCAGAAUUCUUCUGGGUCGUGCAUCAGUAGUGGUUGUCCAGGCGGUCUAGAAUGCACAUCACCGGGAGUACCUCCAACGACAAACGCCGAGUUCUCAUUCACCACGCAAGGAGAUUUUUACGAUGUAUCUAUGGUUGAUGGGUUCAAUCUUCCCAUACAAAUCACUAACAACCAGAAAUGCCCUGUCGCCUCGUGUCCGGUCGAUCUGAAUGCAGCUUGUCCCACCCAGCUCAAAGGUGCGACUACUCAAGCCGGCUCUAUCGCCUCUUGCAAGAGUUCGUGCCUUGCCAAUCUGGAUGGUAAACAAAGCGACUCGUCCAACUGUUGUACUGGUAGUAGUAACACUCCAAAUUCGUGUUCACAAGCAGGUGUUCAGUUUUUUGAUUAUUUCAAAGGAAGAUGCCCGAAUGGGUACGCAUAUCCUUACGACGACAGCGCCUUGGUGAAGUGUGGUGCCUCCAACACAGACUAUACUGUAACCUUUUGUCCUUAAACCCACGACCAAAUAUACCGUUGUCCAAUCUGACUCCACAUGUGAGAGUUGUCAUGAUGCGGUCGAGUUUCAAGGGUUUUUCGU